AUGAGACAUCCAGUGAAGAAUGAGGUUGAGUCAGAGGUGGGAAAGGAAAACUUCGCACAUUUAGAGUCGCUCGAAAAUGUAGACGUGAAAGACGAGACCGUGAAGCAAGACGUCUCUCCCAACUCUGGUCCUGAACCGAAAAAGCGAAGUGCCUCUCCCAACUUCGUUCUCGAUUCUCUUCGGAUUCCAAUCCAUGAUCCAGUGAAGGACGAGAUUGAGCUUCCCAAAAAGCGGCAGCGCACAGUUGAGUCCAAUGGAGGUGUCAUCGAAGAGGACAUUAGAGAGCCAUCGGUCGGGUUGGAACCUCUGAACUCGCUGUCCGCGCACGACAUUGUCAAGAAAUACGAGGAGAUGUCCGAGGAGGAAGCGAGAACCGCCAUGAACAAUUUGUCGAAUCCAAGAGCUGUGAUCAAGAAGGAGAAGCUAUUCCUCGAUGACAAGGAGAUCUUGAAACGUUUGGAGCCCGCUGGUCUUGACCCGUUCCCAGUUGUGCUCGACCCAGCUAUCAGAGACACAGCGGUAACCCGGUCAUUCAUAUCCAAACAUUUUGGUGGCACGGAACGGGAGACUUUCCCUCGCAUCAAGCCAGGGAAACUUGCAACCCACGGCUAUGACAAUCUUAUGUGCAUCAACCUUUUGUAUGCUCCAUAUGCCCCCAAGAAGCCAGGCUAUCCCGGGCUCUUUUUCCAGAUGACACCUGCGGUGGAACCCUGGUCCCAAAAGUGUUCCCACACACAGGUUCUAUUCGUUCGUCUGCGGACGAACGAGUGGUUGUAUGUCGGCCUGUAUCAACAGAUAGCUGUUGCAUCGUUAACACCAGAGGAAUGGCAUUCUCAAGAUGCCUCUGUGCGCAAGAACUGGUCGAAGGAGAUCGCCGUCAAGAAGUGGGCCAAACCCGUUCGAGUCAGUAUUCAUCUCAAACGUCGCCUGGGCCGUGCAGCAGUGGAAGAGGAGAUCGAUGUGAGGGUAAAUGAUGGCAGUAAGUAUGACGAUGUUACGGAGGAGGAUGUUCUCGAUGCUUACGACAAAGGGGAUGAGAUUAUGGGCGUCUGGUGCAUGAAAUGCGUGGGAUACGAUGAGAACUUCCAAAGGGGCUUAAUCAAAGCCGCAAGAAGGAACGGCCGUCGUUGA